AUGAGGUUUAUGAAUAUUGAUUUCAACCUACAUUGCAUUUUAGCGUUUUUCUUUUGCUUGAUCCUUAAUCUCAUUAAAGCUAGAGAAUUAGAGAUGAAUAAUGACUACUACAUCAACAAUGAAAAUAUGAAUAAGCUCGAUUAAAAUACUCCCCAAUGUCCAUCAUAGCAUUAAAAGUACUUAGACAAUUAAAAAACUAUCGUUAUAAUAAAAAUUAGCAACAACUAGGAAAUGGGUAAUCAACUAUUUAAAUAUGCUGCUGGCUAUUGUUUAGCCAAGAAUACUAACUCGAGUAUUGUUUUGAUUUAAGAUAUGUUUGAAAACGAAUUUAGAUAGACUGAUAAAGUUUAAAAUCGUUCAAUAAUAGAUGAAUUUGAUAUUGAAUAUGAUCAGAUAUUAAAUCAGUGUGAAGCUGAUUUUGCAAAAACUGGUAGUAUGAUUGUAAAUAACAGGAAUAUCUUAGAUAUCAAAGGCAAACAAAAGACUAAUAUGUAUUUAGAAGGAGAAUUUAUAAAUUAAGCAGUGAUUGAUGACUGUAGUUAGGAGAUAAAAAGAAUGCUGAAAUCUGAUUCUAAAUUAAAUAAGUCAAAGAGGUAUACUAAUAUUAAGAAAACUAUAAUUGAUCCAAAUUACAUAGGGGUAGCAGUUUAUAUUAGAAAAGGCGAUAUUAAUCAAUUUACAGAGGAUUAUAAUAAAACUCCAAUAACUUUUCACAUUAGGGCAAUGCAAUUUGUUGCAAAUCAUUUAUAUAAAAGAAGCAAAACAUAAAUACCAAUAUUUCUGUUGUUCUCUGAUGAUCAUUUAUGGGUAUAAAACCUUUUUGUAAACACGGCCAAUGCAUAUGUUAUCUCUAAUUAAAAUACAACUAUUUUUCAAGAAUUUUAUUUGAUGGCAUAAUGCAAGCAUUUUAUUAUACCAGUAAGCACUUAUAGUUGGUGGCCUGCUUUUAUAAGUGAUUAUCCUGAUAAAAUAGUAGUGUCUCCCAAAUUUGAUUGGCCACAUUAAUUCAACUUUGAUUGGUAUGAUGAGCCUUAAGAUAGAAGUGCUAUUACAGGUGAUUAGAGUUUAUAAAGAUAGCCAGGCUGGUAUACUAUAAAUUAGUUUGUUAUUUAUGACUCUCCAGAAAUCAUUUAAAGAGUAGAUUAUGAGACAGAUUCUUAUUUAAUUGAAAAUAUAGAUUAUAGCUCCAAAGAAGAGACUAUAAACGAAAUUUAAUCUGAUGAGUAUAAUCUGAAUGAAUAACCCAUAGAUAUAAAUUAUAUUGAGAAUACAUAAUAAGCAAAAGACAAAGUAAAUAAAAGAAAAAGACCAAUUUUAAUUGUAUCUCGAGUUAAAAAGGAUGGGUUAGGUAAUUAAUUGUUUAAUUAUGCAGCAGGCUAUGCCUUAGCAACAAAACUAGGAUAUCAAGUGUAUUUGGUAGAUGAACUAUUAGAUUUAGAUCGAGCCAGAAGUACUGAUGAAAAAUCAAGAGAUUACCAGCUUAACCAGUUUGACUUGCAAUAUACUAAAAUAAUAAGCGAAAAGUAAAGUAGUUAAUUUCUUAGAAAAGGAGCGGUCAAAGUAAGUGCUAAUUCAUUUUUCAAUAUACUUGAUGGGAGAUUAAAAAUAAGCAACAAGAACAUUUUCUUUCUUGGGUAUUUUUUAAAGACUUCUUACUUCAAGGAAUAUGAAAAUGAUAUUAAAGCAAUGGUCAGAUCAGAUAGUAAAUUGAAUAAAUCCUAGAACUAUCUUAUAUGGGAGAAAUAAAUAUAAGAUACUAUGUCAGUUGCUGUUCAUGUUAGAAUAGGAGAUUUAGUAAAUUUCUAUCAAAAUGAAAAUAGAGCUAUUUCAUUGCAAUAUCAAAUUAGAGCUAUGCAAUUUAUAGCAGAUAAACUAAAAGAAUUUUCCAAAGAAUAUCCAAUAUUCUAUGUAUUCAGCGAUGAUCAUAAAUUUGUUAGAAACUCCUUUCAUCUAUAAGCUAAUGUGAAGAUUGUCUCAGAUGGUAAUCUAACAAGUGUUGAGGAAUUUUUCUUGAUGAUAAAAUGUAGACACUUUAUUAUUCCAACUACCACAUUCAGUUGGUGGGCUGCUUUUGCUUCUAAUUAUUAAAACAAGAUAGUUGUAACGCCUGAAUACGAUUGGCCUCAUUAAUUUAAUUUCAAGAGAUUUAAGUAACCCUAGGCAUAUUUGAAUAAGCCAGAUAAAUCUAGUUGGAGAUUAAUGAGGCAAGAUGAUUGGUAUGUAAUAAAUCAAUUUUAUAUUUCAUCAUAGCCUCCAAUUAAAUUCAAAGAGUAUAUGGCUAGAUAAAUAAAAUGA